AUGAAUGCAUCAUUCAGCUGCGACUUCAACACAGGAAUGUGUGGGUGGCAGCAGGCAGCACACACUGUCUGGGAGUGGUUGAUUGGAGUUGGAAGCAGCGACCUGAGCGACACCGGACCUUCUGUUGACAGAUUUGGAACUUCUAAUAUGACGUACCUGUAUGCAAAUGGAACCGACAUAUCAGAGGGAGCAAAAGCUAUAUUGACGAGUCCUGUCAUGUCUCAAAGGGCAUAUAUCUGCUGGAUGCUGACUUUCUGGUACAACAUGUUUGGCAGCGGCAUCGGUAGCCUUAAUGUGUAUCAAACACCUAUAAAUGGGAGUAUCAGUGAGGGUCUGCGUAUCUUCAAUAUGAACGGGCAACAGACAGACAGCACAACGUGGCUUCAGGCAGAGAUAAUGCUCCCAGUAACACCUCCCGAAUUCAGAAUCGUAAUUGAAGCAGUACGCGGAACGGAUUCUUCUUCCAAUAUUGCUAUAGACGAUGUUGCUCUCAGGCCCGACAAUAACAUGGUAUUGGUGGCCAAUCACGACCCUCCGAGGAUUUAUGUUGCACCCACGGACACCUUCAAUUUUACCCUCAUCCAUAUCCCUGAGCUUGAGGCGAAACCACAAAGAACCUAUGACGUUGACUACGACCCUGAAGACGGUAUGGUGUACUGGGCUGAUUUUGUUUCUAUCAGUCGUGCCUUUUUGAACGGAAGUGGUGUUGAAGUUGUGGUUUCAGACGGCGGCACCACUGGAAUGUCUCAGGUUUCAACAACAGAGCGUCCCGUCGAAGGCACUACUGGAAUGUCUCAGGUUUCAACAGCAGAGCGUCCCGUCGAAGGCACCACUGGAAUGUUUCAGGUUUCAACAACAGAGCGUCCCGUCGAAGGCACCACUGAAAUGACUCAGGUUUCAACAACAGAGCGUCCCGUCGAAGGUUUUUUGGAGAUUAGCAUUCAGCUUCAGAUCCUGGAUUUGAACGGGGAACCAGUAUUCUUUUCCACUCAACUUACUGAUAAGAAUUCCCAGGUGUUUCGGACUAUGUCGACUCCAAUCCAACUUGCGGUAUUUCGUACUCUUCGUGGAUCGGCAAGGACGUCUACUCUCAUAGGAUUCGACGUUACGUCAUAUAUGAGUGGCAGUGUCCUUGUGAAUGGUGUUGCCAGAUAUCCAGCCAACUCCUUAGUCGAUAGUGAGACCAUACGGGAUGUGAUUGUUACCAGUGCAAUGAACAACAAUGGACAGAUUGACAAUAUGUUGACAAUUGUCCCGGAAGCUACAGUUGUUAGAAGUACGUAA